AUGGGGCUUGGAGGCAAGGACAGCAGCCACCUGGUGUCCUUCCUCAUCGGCGCUGCUCUGCCCACAGCCUUUCUCCUCUUCCUGGCGUCCGACCGACUCGGCGACGGCUUGUCAAGCAUCUCCAUGAGCUGGGGAAGCAGUGGAACCCGGCAGUCGGCUGGCCCGCGGGUUCAGGAGAGCGACAACACUACUACUCAUGAUCAAGAGGUGGGAUUCGCAGGCCUAGCUGAGCUUCUGCCGAGAGUGGCCAUGGAGGACAGGACGGUGAUACUCACGUUGGUGAACGAGGCAUGGGCGCAGCCCGGCUCACUGCUGGACAUCUACCGUGAGAGCUUCAAGAACGGCGAGGACAUAGAGCACUUCCUCAACCACGUCCUAGUCAUCGCCAUCGACGCCGGCGGGUUCGGCCGCUGCAAGGCCGUUCACCCUCACUGCUACCUCCUUGAGGUGAAUAAGUCAACGGCGAACCUGAGCUCGGCCAACAGGUUCAUGACAAAGGAAUUCCUGGAGCUGGUGUGGCUCAAGCUCUCUUUCCAGCAGCGCAUCCUCGAGCUCGGCUACAGCUUCCUCUUCACGGACGCCGACAUGAUAUGGCUUCGCAACCCGUUCCACCACAUCUCCGUCUACGCCGACAUGAGCUUGUCGACGGACUACUUCAGGGACGCGUUUGCUCCCCUGAACAACACGCUCAACACGGGGCUCUACUACAUGAGGUCGACGAACCGGAGCAUCGAGAUGCUCAGGUACUGGCGGGCGGCGAGAGCGAGGUUCCCCGGCGGUAGCGAGCAGGGGGUGUUCAACGAGAUCAAGCACGAGCUCAUCACCAAGCUGCAGGCGAGGAUCGAGGCCGUCGAGACGGUGUACUUCAGCGGAUUCUGCGAGUACCACGCCAACCUGAACAGAGCCUGUACCAUGCACGCCAACUGCUGCAUCGGGCUGGCAAACAAGGUGCUCGACCUCAAGGAUGCUGCCUUGGAUUGGAGGAACUACACGAGGCUGACGCAGGAGGAGAGGAAGAAGGGGGGUUUCAAGUGGACACCCCCGGCUAGGUGCUGGAAGACAAUAGGCCCUGAAGACACAGCACACAUCAUUUUCGGCUGCACCAAUACACAACAGUUUUGGAAUGCAGUCGGCAUUACAACUAACGAAGAUUGGCCUAUCGCAAGGUUAAAAGAGAUCCAAUGCCCAGACCACAUCCCACAGAAACACUUUGGCUCCUUCGUGCUGCUCUGCUCAUGGCAUAUUUGGAAAUGGCGCAACACCAUUGCUAUCAGAAAGGAACAAAUGACUGUCACGGGUGCCCUUUCAGCAUGCAAAUUGGAAGCAUAUAUUUGGGGAGCGAGGCUAAAACCUGAUGAUAGACACAUCGCAACAACAUGGUGCUCAAUCCUUUCAAGUGCAAUGUAA